ACAAGAUUUUACUGAAAGUAACUAUGGUUACAUCCUCUUUAUUUACUUUCGUCAGACUUAAUUAAAUUACAGACCUCCCUCGUUACCAAGUCUUUUCCUUUCGUAUUUAUUGUCAUUUGUCCUUCGCCAUGGUGUCUGAGGACGAAAAAAAGCCUGGGAGAUAAGUGUUAUAGUUGGUGAGCGUAGUACACGGAGCCCUUAUAAGAAAACAAAAACAAGUGGUACCACAAUACAAUCUACAAAGGCACAACAACAAAAGGACCUGAUAGCUGCGCACUUUUAAUGGUUUCAAGCUCUCAAGUCAGUCUGUUAGUAUAAAGAGAGAUAAUUAUUUAACAAUAAAUUAUGAAUUGUUCACCACCAAAACCUGGCUUGCAUACCAUGGAAGAUCCUGCAGCAAGUGCUUAUGUCAAUGAAAAUUUAAGUGACGAAAACGAUGAAAAUCAGCCUUUGUUAGCACCUGCUUUAAAUCCCUCAAUGCCUAAUCGAUAUUCUUCAUUAUACACACAACUGCCACAAGUGACAGCAAGUCGUUUUUCGCAUAAUCAAUACUAUGUACAACAAUCUUACGAAGAUAGGGAAAGUUUGCUCCAAUACUCUGACGAUAAUGACAGAUGUGGUCUAUCCCCAGUUCGACGAAUGUUUCUUCUUUUAACAUUAUUUGAUUUCCUGUUAACCUUUUUAAUGUGGAUUAUAUAUCUUCAGGUGCAGGAUAAACUUAAAAAUGAAAUGAAGAACCUCAAAGUUGAUAUUAGAAAAAAUUUUUGUGAUGUUGUGAUUCUUUCAUUUUCAAGAUCGGUUCUGUUGUUGGCAACAUAUUCUUGUGUGUUUAAAGUUAGAAAAUGGUAUAUGGUUGCUUUAACAACUACUGCCAGUACUGUAUUUCUCAUUGUUAAAGUCUUUUACAUAAAGUUCGACACUGCCGCUCAACCUUUGAACUAUUUGUUGGUUAUCUUUUCGUUUAUAAUAUGCUGGUGUGAAGCCUGGCAUUUUGAUUUUAAGGUUAUACCAAACGAAUUAGGAAAUUCUAAAUCAAUUCCUGGAUUAGCCGAUUCUGUUGUCGCUGGGCGACAAGCGACUGCUGAACCUCCAAGGAGUGAAUACCGUCGCGGCGGUUAUUCAAGAGCGAAAUCAAGCGCAUUUUUCACUCCGUAUGCGGGAUCCGUGUUCAGAGGUCGGUCGCCGAGUGAAGACACUGAUAGUAGUUUUAGCGAUCUAUCAGGAGAACUCAACGAGGUCGAAGAAAGGGACCGACAGCUGAUUCGUGUUUCAAAAGAUAAUGUGCAUAUGGUGUUCAGAAUGCUGUAUAUUAAUGAUGGAUGGAAUUUAGAGCGAGAAGAGAAAGAUAACAUCACUGUUUAUUCGCGUCAUUUUGACGGUGUAGGCAAGGUGUUUAAAUUGGAGUCUCUGAUCGAUGUGCAAAGCAGAGUUUUGAAUCAGUUAUUCUGGGAAGAUGUUGAUAGUCAGCCUUCUUGGAAUGCAUCUGUGAAGGAGACUCAAAUCGUGACCAGAAUAAACAGCAAGACGGAUAUACUCUACUCAGUUACUGCUGAAACUGGCUCUGGUGUUAUCGCUUCAAGGGAUUUUGUUGUUCUACGCCGUCGCAAAAGAAAGGGACCUCUUACAUUACUAACUUGUGUUAGUAUUGAAACAGACCUUGUGCCAGUAAAGCAAUCUGUCGUAAGGGGACAAAACGGACCUGGAGGUUGGAUUCUUCGAGAUAUUCCAGGAGAACCAGCAAAAACAGAAUUUAUUUGGCUGUUAAACACCACACUUGGGGGCUGGCUACCGAAGAGGCUGGUGGAGCAGUCAUUGGCAGGAGUAAUGGUUGAUACGACACGUGACAUAAGAAAACACGUGACCAACCUACCCGAUGUCAGAUAAAUCAUGGAGGUACCCCCAUGGAUAAAUUACUAGUUUAUAAAGAAAUCACAUGCAUACUUUUGAGAGGUAUUUUUUUAAAAAAGUAGAAAUAAAUUGUUUUUAUAAAUUUUUAGAUACUAUAUUUGAUUUGAACAUUUCUAUGCAGUUUAUUGACCUUGUAAAGGUUGAAACAUGUUUAAACAGCAAGAUUCCGUUUAGUGAGGACCUAUGGCGCUCUACCCCUGGAUUACUAGAAAUGCUUAACUUUGACCGUUAAGUUUUAAGGCGCAGUCAAGUAAUACGUGUUCUUGCUACCAUAUGUUGUUCCAAACAAAAUUUGAUGCUUCUUAUCUCACUAAGCACUCACUCGUCCCGCGCUGAAUGAAGCUUUUCUUUGGUUAUCACACUUAACGGGGUCCUGCUGUAUCUUGAAGAUAUUUUGUAUAUAGGUACAAUUAUUUCAUAAUUAUUAGAUUCUUUAGUACAAUUAUCUUGUCAUCAACUUUUCGUCGCUAAAAUACGCCAAUUUAAGUCCACGCUAAAUAUUUUCAUUAGUCCAAUUUAAUUAGAAACAAAGUUCUUUCAUUUUUUUUUUUUUAGAAAUUGAAAACUAUUUCGAUCAAGUGGACUUUAAUUACAAUACUUUACAGUAUACCUCAAGGGAUUAAUUUCCCGAAUUUCGCGAGUUUUUGUCAAUUUUGCGAUUAAAUAGUUCCUGCGAAAAUUAAUAAUUCCUGCGAAAUUUAGAUUUUUUAUGUUUUGAAAAAAGAUUACCAUAUUUUUUUUUGUUUUGAUUUACCAGGAACAUUUAUAAAUAAUACAUAUAUAGAUAUAACUUUAGCAGUCUUCAUUUUAUGUCUCUUACAUAAAAAAUUCCUUGAAAAUAGGGAUAAAUUAAAAAAUGAGAUGCCAUCAAAUUUUAAUUUUUCGUCAAAUAUUAGGACUUCUCAAAUAAAUUAGUUCCCUUAAGGCAAUCGUAACUUAUUUUUUCGCAUAAAUAGCCCCAAAAUGCUUCAUUUUGCGGAUUUUUUUUUUUUGUGUGUAUAAUUACAUUUGCCCGAAGCUUGCAAAAUUAUUUUUUGCAGGUGCCAAAAAUUCAAUAUACUGCUUAACAUAGCUUUCAGAGAACAGGGUAAUUUUAAAUGAACAACAGACAAUUCAAUGACUCAGGUCCCACAUAAAAUCGAAGUACAAAGUGAAAAAAUGUUUGAAAGAAGAUGUUGCGAAUACACGAAAUGCAAUGUGCUGCAGAAGAAAAUUUUGCGGAUAAACAAUAUAUAUUGAAAAAUUUCGGAAUUUAUUUUUGCGAAUUUAGGCCAUUUAUGUUCCGCAAAGAAAAUGUCUUUCGCAAAUAAUAGUUUUAUCGCAAGGUACAUUUCGGAUCACCCCACCCACUAAAUCAUAUUAACGUUAACAUUUCUUCUCUUAAAGUUUUUUUAAUAUGAGAAGCAAUGUAAUUGAUAUAAUAGUUUUUGUGUCUGAUUGAAUUAACCUACGUCAGCAUGUUAUGGCAAUGUUUAUACUAUCUGUAGGAAAGAAAUGAAUGCAAAAAAGAUGAUUGCCACAGAGGGGAGUGAGGAAUAAAUUUGACAUUUUUAAUCAAGGAAGGGCAAUUUUUUAUUCCUAUUUUUGCAUAAUUUUUCUAUUCGGAAAUCUUAAUUCGCAAUCUUUGCUUUCUGCAAAAAUUCCUAAAGAAAAAUUUAUAUCAUGCCUUUUUCAAAGUGCAAGAAAUUGUUCAUGAAGGUUGCUUUUUGGGUCCACAAAGAAGCAUGUACCUGUUUUGUUUGCUUAUUCAACCUUUGGAAUAUUUUAUCUUCUUUUAUGGGAUUUCCAUGGGAUUCGUGAAUUUUUGGUUUUCAGCAAAUGAAACUUAUAUUAAAUUAUUAUUAUUAUUAAUCAUAUUUAUACAGGUUUACAUCUUCAGUAUGAUAUAAUAUAUCUGCACUGUUAUCAACGAGUGACCUGUUAAACACUAUCCUUAUUACAUAUUUUGUGUGUUUUACACAACAGAGUAAAAUUAUGUUAUUAAUUGAAACUUAAAUGUUAAUUUCACUAAAGAAUUAAUGGAUUUGCAUUAGUUAGUUAUCUGAGAUGAUCUAACAUCUGGUGCAAGGUGUAAGCUUUAACAAAUAAAGAAAAAACUAGCUGUUUCCCGUGGAAGAAUCCACUGUAUUCCAUUUAAUUUAUGUAGCAGAUAUAUGUCCAUCAAAAAACAAACAAUACAGCAGUGCACAUCUUACAUCUGCAUUUUUAUAUAAAUGACCAAAAAAAUUAAAGGUUUUCAACAACUGCAGUAUUUAUGUGACAUUUAAAAUCUAAAUCUACUAAAAUUACUUGCUCUGACCAUCUGACAAAUGCGAAAAUUAUUCGGAAAGAAGUUUCCAAAAGCAUUUCAACAUACAUCUCACCCAUAAAAUUUAAAUCACUUAAAACGCCACAUAUAUACAAAAAAGCUGAUCAAUGUCAAACACAAAUCUCUCAUUGUAUAUGUUAAAAUCAGUUAGUUUAUUGCAAACCCUGCCAAAGGUUGACACACAAUGUGAAAAAUAAACAAUAAAUUGUGCCUCUGACAGAAUUUUUUAUCUAAGGUGUAAAAAAAGGGAUUUGCAAGGACAAAUUAUAAUGCAAUAAAACAUUAUUUGAUAUAUUGCAUACAGUCCCUCCUCACCAAACUUUAGACAAAAUGCCAACAAAAUAACGGUGUUUAAACCUAAAAUUAAUAAAGUCCUUUUAGCAAUUUGCAUGCUGUUUUACCAUCAAUAAAGUAAACAAAAUUUCAAAUCUCACAUAGUAUUCUGUCACAAAUUUUCAUAAAAUAUAUAUAUAAGUCAUAAUGAGUCAUGUUAAACAACAGCAAUCAAUCUGUAUAUAAGUUCAUUUUAUGUCAAUUUUUGCACCAAUUUUGCAACACAAAAUACAAAUUCUAAAUAAUACUAAAAUCUCUUAUUUUGGUCCUUCGCAUACCGACGGUCUCCCACAAAAGUUUAAUCAAAAUGUAAAAAAUGAGAGGUAACGACAAAAUCAAAGUUUGCAAAAUUUCACUAUUUCAGUACAUAUAUCUACUGCAUAUGCCCUCUAAAACAAUAUUUUAAUCCAAAAUGCCAAAGAAAAACAGUUUGCAACAAAAAUCAGUUAUUUCGAUAAUAUUGCAUACACUCUUUCCUCACAAAAGCUUCACAAACUGUAAAAAAAAGAAUGGUUGUAGGGAGUGCUUCUGAUUCAACAAAAAAAGUUUUUUUGACACAUUGCAUC